AUGGCCCGAGCUCUUCGGGUUUUCCCCCUCCUCUUUGGACUUCGUGCCAUACCAUUGAUUCCUUCAGUGUAUUGUAGUAGCUGCCGAUUCGCAAGCAGAGGUGUAAAUAAGUCAUGGAUGGGACAGAGUCAUGUGCUCAGGGACAGAGGCCCAAACAGCCCCAGACACAGAGAGGAGGUGUCUGAAGAAGAGGUUGAUCUGGAUGAUGUGGACGACAAGCUCCAGGCUUUGCUUGAUGAAGGAAGGAAAAGGCAAAAGACAGUGAAGUAUCAUAUACUGAGGAGGCAAAUGACCCCAUCAGGACCAAGCCAGAGGAAGUUGACGUGGGAUGCUAUUAAACAAAUCAGGUAUCUCAAAAAUGAACAGCCAGAAGAAUGGACAAUAGAGCGGCUGGCAGAGGGUUUCUCUGUCACUCCCGAUGUCAUCCUGAGGGUGCUGAGGAGCAAUUUCACCCCCUCUCCAGACAGGAGAGCCAAGCAGGACGCCACAGUGAUGAUUAAACUGGGUCAGCAGGCGCUGCCUUCAGGUACUGGGCUAUUAAAGGACAAGCUGAAACUGCCUGGAAGUCACAAUCCAACCACACUCCAAAUUGGGAGAUCAGAAGGUGCUUUGGUCCCCAUUUCUGAUCAGACUCAAAUGAUCCAAGUGUCAGAGACCCAAACAAAAAGUCCUGCGCGUGUCCUGCCCUCCCAGUUUACAGCUGGUGUUACUGAAGAUGUCCAGGAAAAGAGAUCAGCAGUAGAGGCUGGGGGUGAGGACGACAACGAGGGCUGGGAUGGACAGGUUUUGACAGAAGAAGAACUUGAGGAGUAUCUCGACAUGGAAAAACCCUCUCCUGUAACGCAAGUUGGAAAUGAUGUCUUUGAUGCAGAGGGGAACUUCCUGUAUAGAAUUUGA